UAAGUAACUGUAAUUUAAUUACACAUAGUAACUGUAGCUGAUUACUGUUACAUUUAUUUUUCAAUCAUUAAGUUAGAUUUAACCAGUCACUCCCCGACACUGUGAAUGAGUGUCCAGCUGUGUGUCGCUCUCAGUGGGAGGAGAAUAAACCAAAGCUCCCACAAAACACACCCUCUACCGGAGAACACCCCCGCCGCCCGGUAAUCACCAACUCACACACACACGCGCGCGCGCGGCUCCGGGAGAACCGGAGAAACACUUGCGACCGAGAGCCUCCCCAAAACAGCCGCUCGUGCUCAGAGUCCGGCUCGCGGGAGUCCGCGCUUCACGGUACCGACGCCGCCACGAUGGACAAACUUUUCGCGUUGCUGUUCGCCGCGAUCAGCGUCCUGGUGUCCGCGAGAGCGCAGGUGUUUAAAGGAGAUUGUGACUUUAAGAAGCCCUUCUCGUCCUGCGGAUACACCCAAGGACGAGACGAUGAGCUGGACUGGGAGCAGAUGGACACUAGUGAAAGGCCUUCGAUUGACCCAUGGGUGCCGUCAGGUUCUGCGUUCAUGAUGGUGAACUCGACGGCUCGGUUCUCGGGUCAGAAGGCUCUGCUCUUCACGCCGCAGCUGAAGGAGAACGACACGCACUGCGUCAUCUUCCAGUAUUACCUGGCGGGACGAGAGGGAGGACGGCCGGGACAUCUGAACGUCUACAUCAAGGAGAACAACAGCCCGAUGGGUUUACCUGUGUGGAACACGUCUGGACCCGCUGGACGCAGCUGGACUCAGGUGGAGCUCGCCAUCAGCACAUACUGGCCCAACUUCUACCAGAUCGUCUUUGAAGCGGUGACCUCGGGGCAGCGCGGCUUGCUGGCCAUCAAGAACGUGGUCCUCAAGGGCCAUCAGUGCAUGAACACGCCACACUUUCUCCAUAUCAAAGGUGUUGAGGUGAACGCUGGACAGACGGCGACGUUCCUCUGCACCGUCAACGGAGAAUGGAGAGACAGCUUCAACCUCUGGCUGCAGGGAAUCGGCGGUCGUGAAGCUCCUAUGAAAGCGACCAAACCGUGGAAUAACCAGCGUUUUAUCGGCAUGUUUGAUGUGGUGAACACGACGAAACAGGAUUCUGGCCGUUACAGAUGCAUUGUCCACUCGAACAGAGGUGUGGGAGUGUCCAACUACGGAGAGCUGACCAUCAAACAGCCGCCGGUUCCCAUCGCUCCUCCUCAGCUCAUGGCGGUCGGGGCCACGUAUCUCUGGAUCCAGCUCAAUGCGAACUCCAUCAACGGAGACGGACCCAUCAUCAACCGCGAGGUGGAGUACCGCACCGUCUCUGGCACCAUGUACGACCUGCAGCCCGUCGAUAAAACCUCGCACAAGAUCGGCCAUCUGGACCCCGACACGGAGUACGAGAUCAGCGUUCUGCUGACACGGCCCCUGGAGGGAGGAACCGGGGCCCCGGGGCCGCCGCUGAGAGCCCGCACCAAAUGUGCAGAGCCCAUGCACGACCCGCAGGAGCUGAAGGUGGUGGACAUCGAGGCCCGUCAGGUGACGCUUCGCUGGGAGCCGCUGGGAUAUAACGUGACCCGCUGCCACAACUACAGCCUGACGGUGCAGUACCGCGCCAGAGGAGGAGGCAAGGAGGAGAGCAGGGAGGAGACGGCACACGGCAGCCAGCACACCAUCCACAACCUCUCGCCCUUCACCAACCUCAGCCUCAGGAUGCUGCUGCGCAACCGCGAGGGAGUCAAAGAGAGCCCCGAGAUCCACGUCCAGACCGAUGAAGACGUGCCGGGGGAAGUUCCUCUGGAUUCGAUCCAGGCCAGUGUUUACGAGGACAAGAUCCUGCUGAAGUGGAGAGAACCAGCGCAGACCUUCGGCAUCAUCACUCAGUAUGAGAUCUCGUAUAAAGCCGUCAGCUCCUUCGACCCGCUGCUGGAUCUCUCUAACCAGAGCGGGAAGGUGGUUAAACUGGGGAAUGAAAGCAGCAGUGUGUUUCUGGGUCUGUACCCGGGCUCCACGUACUCCUUCACCAUCAGAGCCAGCACAGCGAAGGGCUUCGGACCGCCGGCCAUCACACAGGCCACCACCAAGAUCUCAGCUCCGCUGAUGCCGGUGUACGAUCAGGAGACUCCUCUGAACCAGACGGACAGCACGGUGACGGUUCUGCUCAAACCGGCUCAGAGCCGAGGCGCUCCAGUCAGUGUGUAUCAGGUGGUUGUGGAGGAGGAGCGUCCUCGAAGGGCUCGUGGAGGUGACGUGGAGAUCCUGCGCUGUUAUCCGCUGCCGGUUCACUAUCAGAACGCCAGCGUGCUGAACUCUCAGUACUACUACAGCGCUGAGUUCCCCUCCGCAGGCGUCUCACAGCCGCAGACCUUCACCGUCGGAGACAACCGAACCUACGGAGGAUACUGGAACGCCCCGCUGCUUCCUCACAAGAGCUACAGCAUCUACUAUCAGGCCGUCAGCGCCGCCAACGGGGAGACAAAAAUUGACUGUGUGCGUGUCGCUACCAAAGCCGCUAUCUUGGUGACGCAGCUCACCACUCCUUACGUUCGCAUCCCUCCGGCCGCUGGAGACGGUCAGCUAACAGGUGCGGCGACACACAAACCCAACGCAGUGGAGCCGGAGAAACAGACCGACCACACGGUGAAGAUCGCGGGCGUCAUCGCAGGAAUACUGCUCUUCAUCAUCAUCUUCCUCGGCGUGGUGCUGCUCAUGAAGAAACGGAGAACCUAUCAGUCCUACACUUACUACCUGAAGCUGGCGAAGAAGCGUAAGGAGACUCUGAGCAGCACGAGACAGGAGAUGACCGUGAUGGUGAACUCCAUGGACAAGAGCUACACGGAGCAGGGGACCAACUGUGAUGAAGCGCUUUCAUUCAUGGACACACACACACUCAACGGACGCUCCGGAUCUUCUCCGUGUUCUCUGACGGUGAAGACCAACACGCUGAGCAGCAGCAUCCCAAACACGUAUUACCCAGACCCCUUCGUUCCCACUGCGAUCUUAGUCCCCAUUAAUGAUGAGACUCAAACCCUGACCAGUGACACCAGCAGCCUGGUGCAGUCUCACACACACACACACUCGUCACACACACACUCUCUGCACAAGCGCGAGGCCGUGGACGUGCCGUACCACACGGGUCAGCUUCAUCCGGCCAUCCGUGUGGCCGACCUUCUGCAGCACAUCACGCAGAUGAAGUGUGCCGAGGGCUACGGCUUCAAAGAGGAGUACGAGAUCAAUGAGAGCUUCUUCGAGGGUCAGUCUGCCCCCUGGGAUUCAGCCAAGAAGGACGAGAACCGCAUGAAGAACCGAUAUGGAAACAUCAUCGCUUAUGAUCACUCACGUGUCCGGCUGCAGAAUCUGGACGGAGAGCAGAACUCUGAUUACAUUAAUGCUAAUUACGUAGAUGGAUAUCACCGGCCGAAUCACUACAUCGCUACACAAGGACCGAUGCAGGAGACUGCGAUCGACUUCUGGAGGAUGGUGUGGCAGGAGAACACGGCAACCAUCGUCAUGGUGACCAACCUGGUGGAAGUUGGCAGGGUGAAGUGCUGUAAAUACUGGCCAGAUGACACCGAGAUCUACAGAGACAUCAAGGUGACGCUGAUCGAGACGCAGCUUCUGUCUGAGUACGUCAUCAGAACAUUUGCGGUGGAGAAGCGAGGAGCUCACGAGAUCCGUGAGAUCAGUCAGUUUCAUUUCACCGGUUGGCCGGAUCACGGCGUUCCGUAUCAUGCCACAGGUCUGCUGGGAUUCGUGCGGAGGGUCAAAACCAAAUCACCCACCAAUGCUGGACCCAUUGUGGUCCACUGCAGUGCGGGGGCGGGGCGAACGGGCUGCUUCAUCGUGAUUGACAUCAUGCUGGACAUGGCGGAGCGGGAAGGAGUCGUCGACAUCUAUAACUGUGUGAGAGAGCUGCGAUCUCGCAGAGUCAACAUGGUCCAGACCGAGGAGCAGUAUGUCUUCAUUCAUGACGCCAUCUUGGAGGCGUGUCUCUGCGGCGACACCACCAUCCCAGCCAAUCAGCUUCGCUCUGUUUACUACGACAUGAACCGAUUGGAUCCUCAGACCAACUCCAGUCCAAUCAAAGAGGAGUUCAGGACGCUGAACAUGGUGACGCCGACGCUGCGUGUGGAGGACUGUAGCAUCGCUCUGCUGCCGAGGAAUCAUGAGAAGAACCGCUGUAUGGAUGUUCUUCCUCCGGACCGCUGCCUGCCCUUCCUCAUCACCAUCGACGGAGAGAGCAGCAACUACAUCAACGCCGCGCUCAUGGACAGCUACAAGCAGCCGUCUGCGUUCAUCGUUACCCAGCAUCCUUUGCCAAACACAGUGAAGGACUUCUGGCGUCUGGUUCUGGACUAUCAUUGCACAUCUAUAGUGAUGCUGAACGACGUGGAUCCGGCGCAGCUGUGUCCGCAGUACUGGCCGGAGAACGGUGUUCAUCGUCACGGGCCGCUGCAGGUGGAGUUUGUGUCGGCGGAUCUGGAGGAGGACAUCAUCAGCAGGAUCUUCCGCAUCUACAACGCUGCACGGCCGCAGGACGGGUACAGGAUGGUGCAGCAGUUCCAGUUUCUGGGCUGGCCGAUGUACCGCGACACACCCGUCUCCAAACGCUCCUUCCUCAAACUCAUCCAUCAGGUGGACAAAUGGCAGGAGGAGUACGACGGAGGAGAGGGACGCACCGUAGUGCACUGCCUGAACGGCGGCGGUCGCAGCGGGACGUUUUGUGCCAUCAGCAUCGUGAGUGAAAUGCUGCGGCAUCAGCGCUCGGUCGACGUGUUUCACGCGGUCAAAACCCUGAGGAACAACAAGCCCAACAUGGUGGAUCUGCUGGAUCAGUACAAGUUCUGCUAUGAAGUGGCUCUGGAGUAUCUGAACUCAGGCUGACGGACCGACCAUACACCUGUGUGUGUGUGUGUGUGUGUGUGUGUGUGUCGCUCGUAUAUCUUUACAGUGAAGCUUCUUCUGUCUGGAUGCAUCAAGUUUGUGAAGAGCAGACUGGCGUCUCUUUUCCCUGAUGAUUCAUCAGUGUUGUAACAGAGUCUUUUCAACUGAAGGAAUUCACAACAUUUGCACGACCAGAUCCUCAUGAAUACAUUAAUGAGCCUCAUUUGAAUAUUAAUGAGGCGAGUCUGCUGUGAUUGGCUGAAACGCUCCUGAUGUUUAAACCCGACACAAGUGUGUUUUGGUGUAAAUUGUGUAACGUGUGAAAUCUCAUAAGAUUCGGAGGAAUGAGGUCACAGCCGUGAUCUUCAUCAUCUUCAUCAUCAUCAUCGAUCCAAAGCUCGUCAUCGCUCGCUCUUCACGCAUCCGCUCCUUUGCUUUUAUGGUGUUUUUAAUAUUGUUUGUUUAUACUGUAAAUAUUGGAGGUGUGCUGUGAUAUUUAUUCAGGACAAUCAUCUUGUACUGGUUCUUGACUUCAUAUUGUACAUGAUCAAAUAUACUGAAUGGAUCAACAAACGUCUGCCUGCUAAUAACUCACUGUGUGUAUAUAUGUAUAUGAACUUCUUUAACUGUCCGAGUUGGAAAUCUGACCCAGGGUGAAAUCAGUAACACUUUACUUGAAGUCUUUAUGGAUUGUGCAUUAUAAAGGUAUUCAUAAUGUAUGUUGUAAUGCAUUCAUAAAUAACUGUAACCAGAACUGCAUCGUGAUAUUUGUUGUGUGUUUUAAUGCAUUAUACUUUCUAAAGGUGUAACAAUGAAUAGAUAAGUGUUAUAAUGCAUUAUAACUGUGCUUAUAAUUAUAAUCAUGGGAUCAUUAAAUGCAUUCCAUAAUCAGUGCAUUAAAAACACUUUUAUAAAGC